UGUAAACUACCGUGAGGCAUUUUUCCCGCCACGUGUAGGCCUAUGGACGACGAAUUGACUUCAACAUCCUUAACUUAACUUCAUUUUUGCCCAUUUUUUGGGGGGCAAUCCACGUAGGUGCUUGAAUUGAAUUAACUGGAUCAUGAUGAAAACACAGUGACCGACGUGUUUCUCUCCCAAGUUUUGAACGAUCUUCCCCCAACAGGAUGAAGGGACGAACGGAUGCUCCGCAGGACCAGGGCUGCAUGGUGGGGAUCAUUUUCUUCAUCCUGGGCCUGGGAACGCUGCUCCCCUGGAACUUCUUCAUGACGGCCUCAUUGUAUUUUCAAGGUCGCCUGAACACGACCGAGAUGAGCAACGGCACGUUGGUGGUCCGUAAAGAGUACUACUUCAACAACUGGAUGACCCUGCUGUCCCAGCUGCCCCUGCUUCUGUUCACCCUGCUCAACUCUUUCCUCUACCAGAGGAUAUCGGGGGCAAUCCGUAUCGGAGGGAGCCUGGUUUUUAUCCUGCUGCUCUUCAUCGUCACGGCCGUGCUGGUCAAAGUGCCCAUGGAGGAAGACGGCUUCUUCUCCGUCACCAUGGCUACUAUCUGGUUCAUUAACUCGUUUGGUGCGGUGCUGCAGGGCAGUCUGUUCGGCCUGGUGGGUCUGCUGCCCCAGAAGUACAGCGCCAUCUUCAUGAGUGGGCAGGGCCUCGCCGGGACCUUUGCUGCCAUCGCCAUGCUCAUAGCCAUAGGCAGUGAUGCCGACUCUGAGACGGCAGCGUUGGGUUACUUCGUCACGCCAUGUGUGGGGACGCUGUUAACGCUCUUCAGCUACAUGCUGCUGCCACGCCUGGAAUUUGCCCGCUAUCAUCUGGACAAUAGUAACAAGUAUGAGGCAGAAACCACAGACGGGCUGCUCAAAGAGAGCGGCGCAGCAGAGAGCAGAAAGCUGAACGGACAUGCUAACGGCACAGACGAGGCGGCGGGGGACCAAAUAUCAGACGCCACCACCAAGCACGCCUUCCUGUCCUUGGAGCCGGCUAAGGCCUCGGUGAAGGAGGUUUUUAAAAAGAUCUGGGUGAUGGCGUUCUGCGUGACGUUUGUGUUCACCGUCACACUGUCCGUCUUCCCUGCCGUCACUGCAGACGUCAGAACAUAUUUUCCAGAUACUAACUGGGAGCGUUUCUUUAUCUCCACGUGCUGCUUCUUGGCCUUCAACAUCAACGACUGGUUCGGUCGGACCAUCACCACAUGGAUACAUUGGCCGUCCAAAGAGUCUCGUCUGUUCCCAGCGCUGGUCGUCUCCCGGGUGGUCUUCAUCCCUCUGCUCAUGCUCUGUAACGUCCAGAGUCGCUCCUACCUGCCCGUCUACUUCCACCAUGACGCUGCGUUCACCGCCAUCAUGUGUCUCUUCGCCCUGUCCAGCGGCUACUUCGUCUGCCUCUCAAUGUCCUACGCUCCACAGUUGGUGGAGCCCAAAGACGCUGAGACUGCGGGCGCUCUGAUGACCUUCUUCUUAGCUCUGGGUCUGUCCAUCGGAGCCGCCGUGUCCUUCCUUCUCAGAGCUCUGAUCUAAUCACACACACACACACUUAUUUACCAGCCCAUAGACUCUGUAGACAUUUUUUUACACUCCUGAAGGAGAAUCUUGAUGAAAGAUGAAUCAUCACUUAACCUCUCCUGUACGACCUCCUGUGUUUCCGUUAAUCCGUCGGCUGCUGUGUGUGCGACGGCAUCAACGACCAGCGACUGUGAUGCUGUGAAACAGCAGCUCCUGAACUGAAACUGAAAGUGGCCAUAAAAUACUGACAGGAUGGUGAUGUGACCUCCUGCUAACCUGAAGAUGCAGGUUAGAAAGAAUUCCUCUCGGGUUAAAGGAUUGAUUAGUUUGACCUUUUUUUUAGGAUUAUUUAUGUUUAAUUUGUCCUCUAGAGACAUGGAGUCAUGGCGACGGAUAUUUACUUUUACGACAGUGUUAACGCCCCGUCAAAGGAACAAAAUCUGAGGAUUCCAGAAUGUAGUUAUUAUAUUAUUACGAGGAUACAUUUGUAGGGGAAUAACGUUAUUGUAAUUUGAGAAUAAAGUCGGAAUAUUACGACAAAAAAAUCACAAACAAGUAAAUCAUAACAUUAUGAGAGUAUAGUUUUACUAUUAGAAGAUAUAAGUCAGAAUUUUCAGAGAAUAAAGUCGUAAUAAUCCAAGCAGCAACGUCCGGUGUUGAAAAAUGAAGCCAAUGUUGAAGUGUAAAAUCCUGCAGUUCAUCGAGUGUCCACUAGAGACUGGCUGCAGGAACACAGGAAGUCACAUACACACACAUUCAAAAAAAAGAUGUUUUUACAGCAGACAUGAACAUGUUUACAGCCUGGUACAAAAAACAAAAUAGGUCUGAUUAGUUAUUGUCAUCACUGGCACACACUGUACCGGGGGUGAAUAUUAUUCUCAUGAAUGUACAACUUUAUUCUCCUAACAUUAUGACUUUAUUCUCAUGAUAUCCCAAAUUACCAUAACUCUCUUAAUAUUGUGUUUUUUCUUCUUGAACUCUCAGGUUAGUUCUCUUUUGAUGCGGUCUUUAAACUCGGUCACUCUCUAAUAUGCUGCAUUUGAGAAGAACUGUAUAGGACAGAAGUAGAUCUUAUUCUGGUCACUUUUGUGUUUGUGUGUUUUUUAUAUUUGAGACUUUUUAAAAAAUUUGAUUGAAGGCUUGAAUGGUCCGAGUGAAUCUACGUUUAGUUUAACACUUUUUUGUUUUUGUUUUCAUUCCUAGAAGUGUUUGAGUAUUUUCUGGUGAAAUGGUUCUGUGUUACACGAGUAGAACAAACAGACGUGUCAUUGUAAAUUACAAGUGGGAAGUUAGUGACCUGCGUAAUGGGCAUGGGUGGAUUACUGAAUGGGUAAACUGGGAACAGGCACUGGUCCAAGUGGUCAAAGGGUUCAAAGGGACCAUAAGAAAAACACAAAUGUAUAGAAGAAAAAACCGCCUCAAAUGACCACAAAACAAGAAACCAAAUGACUACAAACCGACUCUUCACAGAUCUGUCGUGUUUUCUUGUCUCCCUCAGUCGCUGGUUCUUUAACAUGCGUGUUCCCAGACGCCCAUUUUCACAUAACAUGUCUUCCCACGUAGGGCAAUUUUCCAAUUCCAGUCUCCUCUCCCCCGGUCUCCAUUUUCCUCAGCUUGAAGGCGGCUGCUGCCCCCUGCUGGUUGAACGACUGCAGUGCUGCAGAGUAUACAAACAUGAAACAUGUUGAGCUCUGACAUUUUGAUAAAGCAUCUCAGAUUAUAUUUUACUAACUCUGUAUGUUUUUUAAUGUAUAAUAUAGGCACUGCAACGAGGACUAAUUAUUCUGCUGAGUAUUUCAUAUAUGAUGUUUUCUCAUUCUCUUUUUUUCCACACAUUGUUACCAAUCUGCCAAGUUUUUGUUAUAUUGCAUUUUUGUUUGUUGUGUUUUAACAUUCUUACAGGUAUAGGAAUUAACUUAUUGCUUUAGAUUUAUGUAGAUGGAUUUUUGUGGUAGCUUUGGCCCCAUCCACAUUGACUGAUUUAUUUUCCUUUUUUGCUAAAAUACUUAUUUUUUAGUUUCUCUUGAGAGAUUGCAUGAAAACGAAGGUUGUUGUUCCUGUGACCGCCGCUGCUUCAAAAUGAAACAAGGGCUGCGACCUAACAGAGGGUAAUAAGGGGGGGGGGGGGCAACAUAAACGGGAAGUGUGUCAAUGAUUCUUUCUUAUAAGCAGGUUAAGGUAUGUUUGUUUAAUCUAUGCUGCAUUCACUUGUCGUUAAGCAGGGUAUGGGACAACUUCGCCUAGUGUGAGUUCGCCCUUUGUCAUUGUUUUCAUCCAAUCUGAACACACAUGCAGUAAUAGCGAGAGAGAGUGUAGAGACACUUUUUUGUACAGAUAAUAUCCGUUAAUUUAACCAGAAACAGCUGCUACACGGCGCUCUUUACAGCCACCAAACAGUAAUUUAACCUCUCAAAACACAGGUGAGAUUUAUCUACCUCUGACCAGAUGGGUUGCCGUGUCUUAUUGUGCGAAUGAGUUUAAUUCAGCUCACACUUUAUACUUGUGUAACACGAAAUGAGACAAAAAAAAACUAUCCCGUCAAGGAAGUCGGGGUCAAAUAACGUCUGUUAGUGGAGUCUGUUUACUUAGAAAAGAAGGAUGUACGCUUUGUUCCUGGGGUCUUACUCUUUU